CUUUCAUUUCCAACUCGUAGCAACAUGCGUGUCCUUGUAGGUGACGAGACUGGGCUGCUCAAGUCCAUUGAGCUGGAGAAGAACGAGCAGCGCAUCUUAUCCAGUCGCGAGCAGCCUCAAGCCCGAUCUCGGGGCAUUCAGCGUCUCUGCUGGUACGCGGACGAGCGUGAUGCUGCAGAUUAUCAGCGCAAUGUGGUGUUGGCACGCGCGGACGGUGUCGUGGAGAGCUACGAGGCGUCACACGGCAAGAGUUUGAGCGCUGCCAAAGAGCCAGAUUGGUCCUGGCCUGCAUCAGAUAAGGAACAGAGCAAGACGCGCUGUGUUGGACUCGACGUCAUCCGUAAAUUCGGUUCGGUGGUGCAAUGUACGGACACAGGCGACGUGGUGGUGCGCAGUACGCUGGAGGACGCAGGCAAACCUGCAACGUUUAAUGUGGACGGGGAUUUGAACAUGAUGCGACUUGAGCCUGCAACGCAGACGGUCAUUGGUGUGGGAGGCAAGGAGCACGACUUAAACCUGUGGUCCCUAGAGACCCAACAAGUCCUUUUUAGGGCCAAGAAUGUGACGCACGACAAGCUGGACAUGCGCGUGCCCGUGUGGGUCAAGGACCUGCGUUUUCUGUCCACCCCUGGCAACAGCAACGGACACCGUGUCAUUGUGGGCACAGGUCAUCGCCAUGUGCGGAUCUACGACUCCAACACCAAGAGAAGACCAGUGCAGCAGCUCGACAAUUUCGGCGAGAACCCCAUUCAGUCGCUGUGUGUGUCACCGGAUGAGACUCGAGUUUAUGUAGGCGACACGGCUGGUAACUUGGACAUUCUGGAUCUGCGUACAUUGAAGCACAUGGGUCGCUGUACUGGUCCAGUGGGCUCAAUCCGUGACAUCGCAUGCCACCCGACACUACCGUACAUCGCGGCGGUGGGGUUGGACCGCAUGGUUCAUGUGUUCGACGUCAACACACGCAAGUAUCGCCACACGAUCUACGCCAAGCAGCGUCUCAACAGCGUCUUGUUCUGUGCUGACGGUCUCAAGGACAUUCCAGUGGCUGAUGACGAACCUUCGCGCAAGAAGCAAAAGUCUGGAGACGAAGAGAUGACGUUUGAUGACGACGAUGAUGAAAUGGAGGAGGAAGAGUACGAAGGCCUCGAAAUCAGCGAAGAAGAUGACCAUGAUGAAGACUCGGAAGACAGUGACAGUGACUAAAUCUACCCGUUGUCUCUAUAGAAUAGACACGUGCACAGUUCAUGUUUUACAUAUCCAGGUUUUUGAAUUAGGUUUAGAACCUAGUCAGUUCUAGUUUCUAGUUCUUGACACGAUCGAAG